UUGGCAUUCCGUAGUCUUGUGGAGGCGAAGAAAGCCAUGCUUUCCCGCCAUCUCGACAAAGCCUGGUUCGCGCCAAUUGGUGACAGUACAAUUCCUACUAACGAUGAAGAACGAGCUACAUAUGUUGCCGAACUGUUGGACGCAAUGAAAGAUACUUCGGCAUGCUCAGACAAGCGCGAGACACCCGCGUUCAUGAGCCGCUGGACUCCUAAUGCUAUUAACGCGCCACAUUCAACACAUAUGGAGAAGGUCUGUUGGCAGCUUGUUGAUGUCGCUGAACGUUUGCACAUCGAUGGUCCAGCGUCGCUUCCGAUCUAUGACAAGCUGGCGCUUGCAAUGGCCCGAAAAUCACGCUAUCUUACCUUUGGACAACGCAUGAGUCAUCUCAGUGCGCUGUUACGAUUAUCCAAGUACCGCUGUUUCUCGCUACUCAAGGGUGAGAAUAUUGAAACUACAGUUGCAUCGCCAGCCCAGCGAUGCUCAGGCACCAUCGUAAACUGUGUACAAAACAGUAAGCGUCAAGAAUUUAUCAAGGAAGGACGA